GUGAUCCAGAGGCGGCGGCUGCGGGGCGCCUCAGAUUCUCCCGGGCACAACAGGGGUGCGCGUCCUGGCAGCCCGGGCUCGGCCAAGGAGCCACCCCGGGAAAGCGCGCCGGCAUCCGCAGCAGCGAGACUGCGAGCCUCCAGGACCGGAGCUUUCCGCCGGGCUGAGGUCCCCGCCGGCCAGGGCGGAAGUGGAGUCCCUCAGAACAGGUCCUGCGGAUUUAAGGAUGACAGUCCUAGGGUACCCUCGACGUUGGAGCUGCCAGUGGUUGCCAUUCCUGAUCCUGCUGCUGGGUACGGGCCACGGGCCAGGAGUGCAUGGCGUGACACACUACAAAGCCGGCGACCCUGUCAUUCUGUAUGUCAACAAAGUGGGACCCUACCAUAACCCUCAGGAAACUUAUCACUACUAUCAGCUCCCCGUCUGCUGCCCUGAGAAGAUUCGUCACAAAAGCCUUAGCCUGGGUGAAGUGCUGGACGGGGACCGCAUGGCCGAGUCUUUGUAUGAGAUCCGCUUUCGGGAGAACGUGGAGAAGCGAGUCCUGUGUCACAUGCAGCUCAGCUCUGCACAGGUGGAGCAGCUGCGCCAGGCCAUUGAGGAACUGUACUACUUUGAGUUUGUGGUAGAUGACCUGCCAAUCCGUGGCUUUGUGGGCUACAUGGAGGAGAGUGGAUUCCUGCCACACAGCCACAAGAUAGGACUCUGGACUCAUUUGGACUUCCACUUAGAAUUCCACGGGGAUCGAAUCAUAUUUGCCAACGUCUCAGUGCGGGAUGUGAAGCCCCACAGUUUGGACGGGCUGCGGUCUGACGAGUUGCUAGGCCUCACCCACACGUACAGCGUACGCUGGUCGGAGACUGCAGUGGAGCAUCGGAGCGACAGGCGGCGUGGCGACGACGGCGGCUUCUUUCCCCGGACGCUGGAAAUCCAUUGGUUGUCCAUCAUCAACUCCAUGGUGCUCGUGUUUUUGCUGGUGGGUUUUGUGGCUGUCAUUCUAAUGCGUGUGCUUCGGAAUGACCUAGCCCGAUACAACUUGGACGAGGAGAGCACCUCAGGAGGCUCUGGUGACGAUUUUGACCAAAGUGACAAUGGCUGGAAAAUUAUCCAUACGGAUGUCUUCCGUUUCCCUCCAUACCGUGGUCUGCUCUGUGCUGUGCUUGGCGUGGGUGCCCAGUUCCUGGCUCUUGGCACUGGCAUCAUUGUCAUGGCGUUGCUGGGCAUGUUCAAUGUGCACCGUCACGGGGCCAUUAACUCGGCAGCUAUCUUGUUGUAUGCCCUGACCUGCUGCAUCUCUGGCUACGUGUCCAGCCACUUCUACCGGCAGAUCGGAGGCGAGCGUUGGGUGUGGAACAUCAUUCUCACCACCAGUCUCUUCUCUGUGCCUUUCUUCCUGACAUGGAGCGUGGUGAACUCGGUGCAUUGGGCCAACGGCUCGACACAGGCUCUGCCGGCCACCACCAUCCUGCUGCUUCUCACGGUUUGGCUGCUGGUGGGCUUUCCCCUCACUGUCAUUGGAGGCAUCUUCGGGAAGAACAACGCUAACUCCUUUGACGCACCUUGUCGCACCAAGAACAUCGCCCGGGAGAUCCCACCCCAGCCCUGGUACAAGUCUACUCUCAUCCACAUGACUGUUGGAGGCUUCCUGCCCUUCAGCGCCAUCUCCGUGGAGCUGUACUACAUCUUCGCCACAGUGUGGGGUCGGGAACAGUACACGCUGUACGGCAUCCUCUUCUUUGUCUUCGCCAUCCUGCUGAGCGUGGGGGCCUGCAUCUCCAUCGCGCUCACCUACUUCCAGCUGUCGGGCGAGGACUACCGCUGGUGGUGGCGCUCGGUGCUCAGCGUCGGCUCCACCGGCCUCUUCAUCUUCCUCUACUCGGUCUUCUACUACGCCCGCCGCUCCAACAUGUCUGGGGCGGUGCAGACAGUGGAGUUCUUUGGCUACUCCUUGCUCACUGGCUACGUCUUCUUCCUCAUGCUGGGCACCAUCUCCUUCUUUUCCUCCCUGAAGUUCAUCCGUUACAUCUACGUAAACCUCAAGAUGGACUGAGUGCGGCUCUUCUCUCCCUCUCUCCCUGCCCCCCACCUCCUCGCAGCUUCUCUUCUGAGCGAGAGACGGAACUGAAUGAUGGUAUUGUCGCCUUCCCCCUUGUCUGUGGGCCUGCCUUUCCCAGAGCGGGCCCGGAAAUUACAAAUCUCUGAUUACA